UUCGGUUUGCUGGACGAGGCGACAUGGAGCGCGCAUGGAGCAAGAAAGAGAAGGCUCGUCAUGAGAAGCGACUUCUGGGUCUCUGCAAAGCCGGUCCAUUGCACGAGCUCAUCGCGUACCUCGAUGGCUUCACCACCGACCAGCAGACGCGUCUUCUGCAGGCCACCGCCGCUGGCAACGAGCAGCUUUCGGCCCUGCACCUCGCGUCCGCCAACAACCAGAGCGCGAUCGUUGACUACCUCUUGGCGCACCACGCGUAUCUCUUCCCCGAUGCGCGCAAGCUGUACGCGCGCACGCCACUGCACGAAGCCGCGCUCUACGGCCAUGCCGACGUUGUCGCUGUGCUGCUCGCCCACGGCGCGCUCGUCGCGUCGCACACAACCCGCGGGCGCACACCGCUCAUGUACGCGGCGCGCGGAGGGCACCUCGCUGUGCUGGACCUUUUGCUCGUCGCGGGUACCAACAUCAACGAUCAAAGCGAGACGGGGCUCACAGCGCUGUACGAAGCCGCCAAGCACGGCCGGACCGACGCCGUGCGCAAGCUGCUUGCGCAUGGUGCCAGCGUUCAUAUCAGCUCCCACACACGCCAUACGCCACUGCACAUUGCAAUUGGCGAGGGCCACGUCGACGUCGCGGAUCUCCUCUUGUGCGCCGGUGCGGACGGCAGUGCGACCGAUGCCAUGGGCGUCACCGUGUGGCACGAAGCCGCGGGGACGGAUGCGGCAGUGACAGAUCGCAUGGUCGACAUGCUACAAUCCCACAACGUAGCGCUGCGACACGACAUGGUGGACGUGGUCAUGGCGCGGCAUCCGUUCCAUUACGCCGCCGUCGAAGGUCACGUUGUCUUCCUCCAUGUGCUGCUGGCGACGCGUCUCGUGACCAACGUCAACAUGCAGGACGUCGAUGGGUGCUCGGCGCUGUACUACGCAGCUGCGAACGGCCAUGCCGAGGUUCUGCACCGCCUCUUGACCGCCGGCGCAGACCCGAAUUUGUGCUCGGUGCGCCGAAGUCCCUUGCACUGCGCAGUGUCGUGGCAGCGCACCGACUGUGUCGCGCUGCUCCUCGAAAAUGGCGCCAAAUGCGACGUCCGGGAUCUCGAUCAGCUCACGCCACUCGAUAUUGCACUCCGAGAUGGUUUUGCCGCGAUCAUCGCACUGCUCCAAAGACCGCAUAUGUCGGCGACACCGGAGAACUGAUGGUCAUGGCAAGUGCUUUGUGGGUUCGAGAGGGUCGUCCGAGCCGCGCCCGCGCACCGUCCCUUGCACAAUGCAGUUGAUGCAAGCAAAGAACAUUCCGUGAAUCACGGAAAGAAUAUAGAUAUAUCCAGUGAAUCGACGAGCUUUUCGUGUUGCCUCGU